AGCAAGGAAAAGAGACAGAAAGAAAGGUGUUGAGGUCUUGCAAGGAGCACAGCUCAGCAAGGCUCCAGAGAGAAGUACACUGACAGGGAGCCAGGCUGUACAAUACCAGCUUUUACCCUCCUCAUCCUAAGGGACACAGGACACAGCCUGGCAGAGAGACAAACAGCCUGUGAUGUGAAGGUUUCCUCUGUAGACCUUUUGUGCCCUCAUCAUGGAAGAGACAGAGAGCCAAGCUGUGCCGCUCACGUCAUCAAGCCCCGGAGAUGCCCCACUCAAACCUGGCGUGGGUUCAGAGGGAACUCAGGAGGCCAUGCAACUCAAGCAGGAGAUCUCACUUCUCAAUGGGGUCAGCCUUAUCGUUGGCAACAUGAUUGGUUCAGGAAUAUUUGUAUCUCCGAAAGGUGUUCUUAUUUACUCUGCCUCGUAUGGGCUGUCCCUGGUGCUGUGGGCAAUAGGUGGCAUCUUCUCAGUGAUCGGAGCUCUGUGCUACGCAGAGUUGGGUACAACCAUCAAAAAAUCAGGAGCCAGCUAUGCAUACAUCUUAGAAGCCUUUGGAGGUUUUGUUGCCUUUAUAAGACUGUGGACUUCCCUUCUCAUCAUAGAACCUACAAGUCAAGCAGUCAUUGCCAUUACUCUUGCCAACUACUUGGUCCAACCAGCCUUCCCUUCAUGUGAACCACCAUAUGUGGCAUCCAGACUCCUCGCCGCAGCCUCUGUGUGUCUUCUAACGUUUGUAAAUUGCUCCUAUGUGAAAUGGGGAACACGGGUCCAAGAUCUCUUUACUUAUGCCAAAGUUAUUGCACUAAUCGCCAUUAUUAUUACGGGCAUUGUUAAACUAUGCCAAGGGCAUACACAGAAUUUCGAAGACUCCUUUGCCGGUUCCUCUUGGGAUGCUGGGGACAUUUCUCUAGCCCUGUACUCUGCACUUUUCUCAUACUCCGGCUGGGACACUCUUAAUUUUGUUACAGAAGAAAUCAAAAACCCUGAAAGGAACUUGCCUCUAUCCAUUGCGAUUUCUAUGCCAAUUGUGACCAUCAUAUAUAUCUUGACCAAUGUGGCUUACUACACUCUGCUGGACUUCAAUGCUAUUGUUAGCAGUGAUGCAGUGGCUGUGACGUUUGCAGAUACGGUUUAUGGAAUAUUUAGCUGGACAAUCCCGCUGGCUGUGGCUCUGUCCUGUUUCGGUGGCCUCAACUCCUCCAUCCUUGCUGCUUCAAGAUUGUUCUUUGUUGGAGCAAGAGAAGGACAUUUACCUGACAUGCUGUCUUUGAUUCACCUGGAAAGGUUUACACCGGUACCUGCCUUGCUGUUUAAUUGUGCUGCUACCCUCGUCUACCUGUCCGUAAAGGAUGUAUUCCAGUUGAUUAAUUAUUACAGCUUCAGUUAUUGGCUGUUUGUUGGUCUGUCCAUUGCUGGACAGAUUUACUUGCGCUGGAAGGAACCGAACCGUCCACGACCGGUCAAGCUCAGCCUCUUCUACCCCAUUGUGUUCUGCCUGUGUACGGUUUUCCUAAUUAUAAUCCCACUGUACAGCGAUACUGUGAACUCCCUCAUUGGGAUUGGGAUUAUGCUGUCUGGAGUACCAGUCUUCUUCAUGGGAGUAUAUUUACCGGAAUCCAAAAGGCCGCCUUGCAUCGGAGAGCUCCUGGGUUGCCUUACUCGAUGGACUCAGCUGAUCUUCAACUGUGUUCUAACCGAAUUGGAUCCACUAGAGGAAGAUAAAGAAAAGAGAGUUUAAAAUUUGACUCGUACAGUGGGGCAAGUAGUUCCUUUUGAGAACGAGGCAUGUUGUCUGAAGGUUCAGAAGGUAUCUGCUCUUGUGGUCUGGAGAAGGAACUGUGUGUAUAAUAAAGAGCUAGUGAGUGGACAGCGGAGCGAUGUCAAGAUAGGAAUUAUCCAAAAACUGUUAUCUCCAAAGGUUAACAACUCCCAAAGGGUGUCGAAAUGACCUCAUGCUUUUUACACUCCGGUUUUGUCAUUUUAGUUUUAAAAUAUUUUUCUUUUUUUUUUAUGUUUGUUGUUUGCAACAAAUCCAGUGGGUACUAUAAUAUUUUUAUUUUUUAUUUUUUUUCAUCACUAUCAAAGAUCCAUUUUUAUGUUUGAAUUUAAGACAAAUCUGGAAAUUGGAUUACAAAAAGAAAUUCUGCUGGCAGUUUUUUUUUUCCCCCCCCCCUCUCAAAUAAACAGAACACAAAGAAUAUGAGUAAAUGUUGUCUACAAGAUCAGGCACGAUUCUAUGAUAAGAUGUGAAGCCAUAUUUCAGGUCAUGCAAAAUUUGUAAAUCGUCUCUCAGUUGAAAUAUCUAAUCUCUGUACUGCGUAUACAGGACUGCUAAGAUUUUUUGGAGACCUCUUCACUUCUUAGUCUUAUUUACUUCAGUAACAAGAACUUUUAGUCUCUUUAAUAUUUACUAAUCUGUACACUCUCUCAUGUUCAGUUGCAACCUUCCCUGGCGGUGAAUUCCUUGCUUUAUACAUGGGUAAUAACACUUUGGAAAAUGAGAGGCCCGCUGGGCUACAGAUCCUUUGCUGCUUCCCCUGAUGGUUGCAUGGUCUAUGCUGGGAGUAGGCAAUGUGAACAACUCCAGAUGUUGUGGACUACAUCUCCCACAAUGCUCUACCAGUAUUGUGGCUGUACGAAUAUUAUGGGAGAUGGUAGUCCGCAAUAUCUGGACUGCCAAAGGUGGCUUUACCCCUUGCGAGGAUGCCUCCCAGUCAUAAGGUUCUGUCCUGGAGGCCUGGCAAUUCACUACCAAAUCUGGAGUGCUUGGGACAAGUACAGCCAGUUGUCGUCUUCCUAUAACAGAACCAGAUUUAAAUUAUUCUCACAAAUCUGGUUACUGUUACAGGAAGAAAAGUCAGCUCCAAGGAUGUUUGCUUCAUCUAGCUUGUUCAAGAAUUUGUCCCGGAGUGGCUUGCUCUCAGAACAUGUUCUAGAUAAUCCAGGGAUUGAUGAAAAUGAAAAAAUGAAGUGUAUUGAGAACACAACAAAACU